AUGUCAUCGACUUAUACGGAAACAAAUAAUGAUGAUGUUGCAAUUCUUGAUAUAACAUCAGAUGAGAAAGAUGAACGAAGUCCAUUAUUAAGUGAUAAUACUCAACAAAAUAAUUCCAUUUUAUUAGCACCUAUUAGUGAUACUAUUCUUGUUCCAUCAAUAUCUCGUUAUCGUUUAACAAAUAUUCUUCGUAGUAUUCUUUUUAUUGAAUUUCUUACAUUAUUUAUCAUUUGGUUAGUAGGUAGUAGAACACAUUCUCUUAUUGAUGAUAUAAUUCAUUAUCAAUUUACAACAUCUAUAUUUGAUAUUGUAUCUGUAUCACUUUGUAAACUUAUUCUAUUAAUUAUUUUUCUAACAGAAUUAGAAACAUCGGUUAUUGCUCGUUUAUAUAAUCCAAAUUCACCACAAUCAUUUAUUUUUAUUCGUUAUUUUUAUACAAUAAUACUUUUACUUUUAUCAAGUUGUUCAUUAACAUUUUCAAUUAUUAAAUUCAUAUUUGUUUUAUAUAAAUUAAAUUUAAAUAAACUUUAUUUAUCAUUAGUUUAUUUAUUUCUUAUAUUUUCAUCAAUAGAAUUUAUUGGUACUUUAUUAAUGAUACCAUAUUUAACACGAAUAAAACUAACUGAGCAACAACGAUCAAAUUUAACAAAGAAAAAAGUUGAUUUAAGACGUUUAUUAUCAUUAGCAAAAUCAGAACGCUUAUUAAUAGGUACAGCAAUAUUAUUUUUAUUAUUAUCAAGUGCAACACAAAUUAUUCAACCAUAUCUUUUUGGAAAAAUUGUUGAUUAUGCAUUAACAUCGGAUACAAUGCGUUUAGUUAAUAUAUAUGUUCUUAUUUUAUUUGGUAGUAAUUGUGCAGGUGCAAUAGGAUCAUCGUUUCGUUCAUGGUUAUUUGAAUUAGCUGGACAGAGAAUUGUUUAUCGUCUUCGUCAAGAUAUUUUUAAUUCAAUCAUAAAACAAGAAGUUGGCUUUUUUGAUGAUACACGCACCGGUGAAUUAACAAAUCGUUUAUCAAGUGAUACACAAGUAUUACAAAGUGCUGUUACUGUAAAUAUAUCAAUGCUUAUUCGUUUUCUUUUACAAAUUAUUGGUAGUCUUGUUGUUAUGUUUUAUUUGGAAGUAACAUUAACACUUGUUUUAAUGGUUAUUGUACCAGCUAUUAUACUUAUUUCAAAACAAUAUGGUUCUAUUGUACAAAAAUUACGAAAAAAAUUUCAAGAUGAAUUAGCUGCAGCUGGAUCAACAGCUGAAGAGUCAAUAUCUAAUAUUCGAACUGUACGCAUAUUCGGUGCAGAACAUAAAACUAGUAAUCAUUAUCUUGACAAUUUAUUAAAAUCAUACGCAGUCGGAAAAAAAUUAGCAUGGAAUAGUGGUGUAUUCAUGGGUGUAGUUAGUUUACUAGUAGCCGGAGGUAUUUCAAUUGUAUUAUGGUAUGGAGCAAAAUUAGUUCAUGAUAAAAAAUUAACUGCUGGUCUUCUUGCAUCAUUUUUAAUGUAUAUGUUACAAGUAGCACUUUCAUUUGCUUUUCUAGCAUCAAUAUUUACUGAUUUUAUGCAAGCUGUUGGUGCUAGUGAACGUAUAUUUGAUUUACUUGAUCGUCAACCAAAAAUUUCUUCGACAUCAAAUCCAAAUUGCUCUAUUAAACCAAAUGAUUUUGAUGGAUAUGUUCGUCUUGAACAAGUUUGUUUUACAUAUCCAACACGAACUGAUCAACAAGUUCUUCAUGAUAUAACAUUUGAAAUAAAAUCAGGACAAAAAGUUGCAUUAGUUGGACCAUCGGGUGGUGGUAAAAGUACAAUAGCUUCACUUAUUGAACGAUUUUAUGAUCCACAAUCAGGAACAAUUUAUUUUGGUUCACAACCAUUAAAUUCUAUUGAUCCACAAUGGUUACGUGAAAAUGUUUCAUUUGUUAAUCAAGAACCAUCAUUAUUUGCUUGUUCAAUACGUGAUAAUAUAACAUUUGGUAUUGAUGAAAAUAAUAUAUCAUUGGAUGAUAUACAAUCAGUUGCUAAACAAGCUAAUGCACAUGAGUUUAUUGAACAAUUUGAAAAUAAAUAUGAUACAUUAGUUGGUGAACGUGGUGUUCGUCUAUCAGGUGGACAACGACAACGAAUAGCAAUUGCACGAGCUUUAUUAAUGAGUCCAAAAUUAUUAUUACUCGAUGAAGCAACAAGUGCACUCGAUGCUGAAAGUGAACAUUUAGUACAAGAAGCUAUUGAACGUGCAAUGAUUAAUCGUACAGUUUUGGUUAUUGCACAUCGUUUAUCAACUGUACGUAAUGCUGAUGUAGUUAUUGUUAUUGAUCAUGGUACCAUCGUUGAACAAGGUACUCAUGAUGAACUUAUUGCAAAAGAAGAUGGCAUUUAUAAAAAAUUGGUUCUUCGUCAACUUAUGGCGGGAAAUGGUUCUAUAACUACGGAAUAG